AAGUAUCACAAGCCAUACUUCACUUUCUGUCAAAUCUUUUUGCCGCGUACACAAUAGAUAUUGUCAGGGCAGAUACAUGCUCGAUUGCAUCUGACAAAAUUAUGUCUUCUUAAUUGAAUAUACACCCCUUUCCCUGGUUGUAUGAGCCUGCGUGGAAGCUGUCGCGAUUCGAGUCACAACAAACGGUCCGGAAUCUACAAAAAAAUAGUAGCCAAUCACUUCUCGCAAUGAACGGUUUUUCGAAACACGAGCUCGACGAGGAUGCGUUUGGGGAGAAGAGGAAUGCUGAAGCUGGUUUGAAGACAUUCGAUGCUUUUCCUAAAACAAAACCCAAUUACACAACCCCAUCACGUCGCGGAGGACAAUGGACCGUAAUCAUCAUCGCAAUUUGCACAUUCCUCUCCAUCGGCGAACUCAUAACCUGGUACCGAGGCACCGAAAACCAACAUUUCAGCGUCGAAAAGGGCGUAUCCCGCCAACUCCAAAUGAAUAUUGAUAUGGUCGUCAAAAUGCCCUGCAACGAUAUCCGAGUCAACGUGCAAGAUGCCUCGGGGGAUCACAUCAUGGCCGGCAUGCUGCUGAUGAAGGAUAGCACGAAUUGGGAAAUGUGGAAUGAGAAGCUGAAUCAACAGUCGUCUGGUGUGACGGAGUAUCAGACACUCAAUGCGGAGGAUACGAAACGUUUACUAGAGCAGGAGGAGGAUAUGCAUGCCCACCAUGUCCUGUCGCAUACACGCAGGAAUCCGAGGAGGAAGUUCCCGAAGACUCCUAGGUUGUCGGCGAAGUAUCCCACAGAUUCUUGCCGGAUUUAUGGGAGUUUGGAAUCGAAUAAAGUCCAUGGUGACUUUCAUAUAACGGCUCGGGGACAUGGGUAUAACGAACUCGGCGAACAUCUUGAUCACAAAACUUUCAACUUCACCCACAUGAUAACCGAACUCUCCUUUGGCCCUCACUACCCAUCCCUCCUCAACCCCCUGGACAAAACAGUAGCAUACACCGAAGACCACUACUACAAAUUCCAAUACUUCCUCAACGUCGUCCCCACAAUCUACGCAAAGGGCAACAACGCCGUCGAAAAAUAUACCGCAAACCCAGCACUCGCCUUCAAAAAAUCCCGCAACACAAUCUUCACAAACCAGUAUUCAGCGACUAGUCAAUCACACGCUCUGCCCGAGAAUCCGUACAACACACCAGGCAUCUUUUUCAAGUACAACAUUGAGCCGAUUCUGUUGUUUGUGAGUGAAGAACGUGGUAGUUUUUUGGCGCUGUUGGUGCGGUUGGUGAAUGUCGUUUCUGGCGUGAUUGUGACGGGUGGUUGGUUGUAUCAGUUGAGUGGAUGGGCUAUGGAAGUACUGAGACGGAGAAGACGGGGAGGAUAUUCGCAAGGUGUUUUGAAUGGAAGGACUCAUUCGGCUGAGGAUGAGGAGUGAUAUUUAUUAGCUUGUUUAUGCUUUUUUCCCCUCACUCUAUAUGAGUUUAUUGCAUACGCCUUAUAUCUCGACUGUUUUGUCCCUUGCUUGCAUCGAAUUGUCUGUUCGGCUGGGAGUAUAUUAUAUCUGAAUAUCAUCAGUUCAUAUCUGAGUC